GGCAUGAUCCUGCGAAACAUUCCGACCUCAACUCGGACCGGCGUCGCUAUCGAAACUCACUCCAUCUCUAGUCCAACGGGCGGAGGAGGAGACCGCCGCCAACAACCGCAUAGCUGGGUGCAUUUGUAACUUUAGACAAAGCCCAUGGCGUGUCUGAAAACCUUCCCUUAUCUUCACCGCCCUCGCUCUCUCUUCGGCUUUGGAUCCCUCUUCUGUUCACCUCGCCUCUCGUCCUCACCCCAUCGCCGGCUCUUCGCCACGCCAUCCUCCGCCUCCUCCUCCUCAUCCUCCUUGCUCAACAGCGCUGGCAUGGCUGCCGUCUACAUCGUCGAGCAUGUGGUCCUCUUCAAGGUCCGAGACUCCACUGAACUGUCCAAGAUCGACGCCAUGAUGUCCGGUCUGCAAUCCUUGGCCUCUCUCGAUGUCGUGACCCACCUCACCGCUGGUCCCAUCCUCCGCCACCGAUCCGAAGCCGCCUCCGCCGCCGGGUUCACCCACUUGCUCCACUGCCGCUACCGAUCCAAAGACGACCUAGCGACCUACUCCGGCCACCCUUCCCACGUGGCCGUCGUCAAGGAACUCGUCCUCCCCAUCAGCGAUGACAUCAUGGCUGUUGAUUGGGUCGUCGAUCUCGACGGCCCGGUGCUGCCGCCGCCAGGAUCGGCGAUGCGGCUCACCCUCGCGAAGCCGAAGGAGGGUGCUGCAGCGGAACUCAUUGAGACGCUAGGGAAGGUCAAGGUCUCGGCUCCAGCUGCGGUCACGCAGGUGAGCUUCGGGGAAAACUUCUCGCCGGCAAGGGCCAAGGGGUACGGCGUGGGCCUUCUGACGUUCUUUCGUAGUCUAGAGGCGCUCGACGCGAUGGAUGCAGGACAGAAGGACUUGGUAGAUUCGGUGAAGGAGAAGGUCAGGCCGCUCCUGGAGAGCUUCAUUGUGCUUGAUUUUGUGCUUCCGCCUCCAACUGCGGCUAACCUUUGAUGCUUCUUCACCCACAAUCCACAGAGCUUGAUACGUACAAGGUGUAAGGAAAUCUACAAGCUAAGCUUUUGAGUCGACUGCCUCCGUUCUAGUUUGCUUUAUACACCAGUUCAUAUCUACCAAGCUCUGUGCUUGUAGCUUUCACUACGUGUAUGAUGUUGAGUCAUAUAGUUCUAAGAGUCCAAAAUAUCUAUUUUUUAAAAAAGUAUGUGGUUAAUAAGGAAGUUGAGUCAUGAGUCUUGGCUUGUAGUGUUCCAUUUUCAAUAUCAGACACAGUUAAAGUGACUAAACAAAGACUUGAAAUUACAUGUUCUUAUUUCUUAAGGAGUAAGAAUUGAAUGAUUCUUGAGUUGUUCUAAAUUGUAAGAAUAAUCCAAAUUUUUUA